UUUUGUGUAUAUAUUUAUUGUACAAAACAAAUGAAUUCAAUGACGAUUUGGUUGAUAUUGUUUGUUCUCAUUGUUGUUGUUGUCAUCCAUUGGUCUGAAUGUCAGUAUUCGCAUGUCUGUGACGUUAUGGCACCAAACGGUCGGUUCGAUGGCCUACGAGUCUAUCAUCGAUGGGAUACGGGAUACCCGAUGGGUGCCGACCAAUACACAGAUUGGUCCGAAUGGCAUGCAGACAGGUAUCACAUGUAUAAAAAUGGCAAACAAUGGCAAUUCAAUGUCAGUAUGGAUGCGGCCAACAAUAAUGGCCAACCAGUUGUGACAUUAGUGGAAAAUAGUGUAACCGAUAUGAACGCCAGUAUUGUCGUCCGAUACAGUAUUAACAAUGUUUGGUAUAGAGAUACCAGUACUGCCUAUAAAUCUAUAUUAUGCGAUGCCUAUUAUAUUGAUCGGUCAGAAAGUAUGAUUAAAACCCAGUGUACAUCUAAAUUAUGGUCAAACAUUAGUAUUGUUCAAUACCCGAUCACCCAUAGUCUGAUAUUUAAUGCCAUACCAGCAAACAAUACAGUCUAUGCUAUAAUUGUAUUCAAACUAAAACAUGUAACACGUGAAGUCAGUUAUUACUACUAUAUAAACGAUAAGCGAAUGUAUUAUACCGGAUGUCAACCUCUGGACUGUUGGUUCCCGAAGUUUAUCGAUGACAUACCCCUCGAACUCUGGACAAACGUCGACGGUAUUGUCGAGUAUGGUAUGGCUGGCAGUGAUGGCAAAUCGGGACACAUAUUGUUUUUUUCGAUAAAAGGAAAGCCCUAUUACUGUAGUACACCGUUGAAUGAAGAGCUAUCACCAAAUUGCAAAAUUGAAGACAAACUAACACCAUAUGCCACUAAUUGUCUAAACAUUUGGCCCAAUGCUAGUACAACAACAACAACCACUACGACUACUACUACUACAACACUAGCAACUACUACAACAACAACAUUGUCGACUACCGGUGCCGCUGAUAGUACGACAACAACUCAAACAACUACUAUCCCUACUGUCACCACUACUAGUACUACCAGUUCCGCUGACAACAACUCAAAUAUCUCCCAAACCAGCACUGAAUCUACCGGUUUAUCCGAUGAUUAUUUCAUUUACAUUAUAGUAGCGGUCGUCCUAAUAGUGGCCGUAGUUGGUGUCAAUGGUUUGCUAAUAUGUAUUGUUUGUUGCCUGAAAUCAAAACCAAAUAAUGAUAACAAAAAAAAAAAGAAAUUUAAAUUGAAAACCAAAGGUGACAUUAAACCGGAGACCGACUCCUCAGAGGAGGCACAGGUAGGUCUCGAGAGGUCAAAGUCGGUUGAGAAGACACUAUCAAGAGAUUUAUGAGAG